GUGGUGUUGUGUAACUACGGUUAAACCGACACCACACCUUUGACACUUUCCCAAAAUCCAAAGACACACACAGCAAACAAUGGCGGACGAAGAAAGCGGUGGCACAAUCCCACCGGAUAUCAUCACCGACAUCUUAUAUCGUCUUCCGGCCAAAUCCAUCGGCCGGUUCAGGUGCGUUUCAAAGAGCUGGCUCUCUCUACUUUCAGACCCGAAAUUCAUUAAAACCCAUCGAAACACCCUGAACCAAAAUCACCUCAUUUUCAUAUCCAACAAUUAUUCACUCUAUUCACUCCCAUCCCAUCAAAACCAUGAAGAAAACGUGUUAUUAAAACCGACAAAGAUUCAGUUAGAAUUGCCUCAUGUGGAAUUCAAUCUCCAAGGUUCUUGCAACGGUCUGGUUUUGGUGUCUGCUGAUGACUUUGACUAUGAUCAUACACUCGUUGUUUUUAACCCGACUACUCGAGAAUUCGUGGAAUUGCCGGUCUCCGGUUAUGAGAUGGUAGAUGAUUUGUUGGAAAUUGAUAUCAUGUAUGGAUUUGGUUACGAUUCUGUUGCAGAUGAUUACAAGGUUGUCACCAUUUCUUACUUUCAUUAUAAUUAUCUGAUUUCUCCUGAUGUUAUGUCUGUACAUGUUUAUAGCCUUAGAACUAAUACUUGGAAGUCGGUUAUCGAUUCUCCUUAUGAUCAUUCCCAUGGAAAGAGUUUAUCGGGUGUUUUUGUUAACGGGUUUCUUCAUUGGAUUGCUAAGGAAAAGGGUGGUUCUGAUCAUCAUUUGUCCGUAAUUGUUGCUUUUAGUAUAGCUGAUGAGAAGUUUAGCCAAGUGCCGUUACCUACUUAUGAAGGUGACGAUAUAAUGUCUAAGAAUGAUUGUAAACUUGUUGCUCUUGGGGAAAAACUUGCCAUAUUCUUGGAAAUGGAAGGUGUGGUUUGGUUGAUGGAUGAGUAUGGGUUAGGAGAAUCUUGGACUAAGAUUAUAAUCAAUGGAUUUAAUGAGGUUCCGCUUGUUGAGCCAAUGAUUUUUGAUGAGAAUGGAAAAUUUCUACUUGCAAGCCGCGAUCUAAUCUUGAUGUAUAAUGUUAAAGAAAGGACUUUCUGUAAUAGUCUUGAUAUUUCUUGGAACCAGAAAUAUGUGAAGAUUAGAGGUACUUAUGUAGAAAGCCUCGUUUCGCCAAAAUUCACUUGAAUCUGUUAAAACCCACAAAUUCAAGUGAAAGUACAUGUCUAGAAAGUAAGGCUUAGUUUAUAUGCCUGAUGAUGAUUAUCUACUCUUAGUUUGCAUAGUGCAGUUUGCUAUCAUCAUGAAAUAAUUAUAUGCUCCCUUCCCGGGACGAGGUCCCCCCUUCGUAGCUUCUGGCGAAGCUGCGAGUUCAUGAGCAAGUGAAUGAACGAGCCAUAUUCCUAAAAGGAGUGACCACCUCGCUUUAUAUCUCCGACACACAAGGAAGGACGCGGUGGGAAGGAAGGAGCCCUAGCCUCUGUCCUGCCGAUCAUUCCACUGGCAUCUCGAAUAAAAAUACUGGAUAGAAAGUAAGGCUUAGUUUAUGUCUGAUGAUGAUUAUCUACUCUUAAUUUGCAUAGUGCAGUUUGAUAUCAUCAUGAAAUAAUUAUAUACUCUUUGUGAUUUAGCUCUAAAUAAUCAAAUAGCCCUAUAAUCUUUAAAGUAGUUUUUUUUGUUA